UGCAAGAUUAUUUAUAUUUCGAAACAAAAAAAAUUCUUGUACAUAAAUCGGAACGAAAUACUUCAAGGCUCUAAGUAGUCAGAUUGGAAAUUGAAAAAAGUUACUGAACAUGGCAGAUUAUAUGCUUUGUAUCAUAAAGAUUUAAGAAUAUGAGAUUUUCAAGAAAUUUCCGAAACAAGACAACUUUUUACCAAGAACUCAAGGAAGGUGAACGAUAUUUCUACAGAAUGAACUGGAACAUAGAUUCUUGCUAAAUGUUAAUCGUCGGCGUAUGAAGACAUUUCAGAGGAGACUUCUAUAAAGAUGACCAUAGGGUACAACGCCAUGGACGAAGUAAGAGACUGUUCCCGAGAAACUGUUUUUCAAAGGGAUCCUGGUUCAUCGAAUUUUCAGAAAGCCCGAUAAUGAUUCGAGCUCUUUCCGCAGCUAUGGUUUUUGAAAAAGAGGCGAAGGAAAAACAUAAGAUGGAGCAGUUGGUGUGCGAGAUGCAGAAUCCUGAAACAGGAGUUCCAUUGCGCAGACAGAAGAUGUUUCUCACCACAAUUCCCUCAGCUUUCUUAGCCUAUGAUCUUGUGGAAUGGCUGAUGGAGCGGUUGAACAUUGAAGAAUUAGUCUCUUUGUGUCCUUUGGCAGAAGCAGUUCAUUUAGCCAACCUUCUGUGCCAACAUGGUUACUUUUUUCCUGUCGGCGAUACUAGGUCUCUAGCUAUCAGAGAUGAUGGCUCUCUUUAUAGGUUUCAAGCUCCAUAUUUCUGGCCAUCUCAUCACCAACCAGACAAUACAGAUUAUGCCAUUUAUCUGUUAAAAAAAUCUAUGAAGAACAAACAGAAGCAUGGUUUAGAAGAAUAUGAACAAGAGGCCUUGGCUCGGCUAAAAAAACUGCUAUGCCAUAAAUGGGAUUUCAUCCAAUUGCAAGCUGAAGAACAAGCCAAUGUAGCUAAAGACAAGAAAAAAGGAGACAGAUUAGUUUUAGAAAGCCAAGAAAAGUCAUAUUGGCGUGUACACAGACCUCCCCCUGGUACUAUUAGUUGCCUUGAGAGGACACCUCUAGCUAAUAGGAAAGUGAAGAAAAAAGGUGUCGAUGAUCUGAAAAGAGAAAAAACAUUGUUGUUAGAGAGUCUUACCAAACCAAAGGUUAAAACUAGUCAAAUUGUUGAAAGCCUUUUGAAUCAUUGUCAAGAGUACAUCGAAUUCGAUGCCUUUGUAGUGGGUGUUUUGCCUUCAAAUCCUUGGAUAACAGAGGAUACUACAUUAUGGACACUCAAUAAUCGAGAAGUUGAGGUACCUACAGAGCAACGAGUAAAGUUGUGGGCCAUCUCCUUAGAAGACUUACUUAACGAUCCAACUGGGAUUAAAGAAUUUGAGCGUUAUUUAAGAUCUGAAUACAGUCAUGAGAAUAUCUUGUUCUGGAAAGCAGUACAGUCUUUGCGAAGAGGGGGCAAGUCAGAUAUAGAGAGGAAAGUUCAUGAUAUAUACAAUGAAUUUCUUGCACCAAAUGCCCCUUGUGAAGUAAAUCUGGACAGUAGUACAAUAGAAACUGUCCAAGAAGCCAUGAGAAAGCCAUCGCGCUAUACAUUUGAUGCUGCCCUUUUACAUGUGUACUCACUCAUGGAGAAGGAUACAUACCCACGGUUUCUUCGAUCAGCCCAUUACCGAGAUUUACUUCUAAAUUCACUACAUCCAGCUCAGAAGAAGAAGUUCUUCAAUUUUGGAGCAGGUAUGAAGAAACGAAUGGCUAGUUCCGGUGCUAAAAGGAGACCUAAUCCUAGUCACUUAUCUGGUAGCUCUGUGGAUCUGACACAUAUGAGCCACAGUUUGGAAAUGGAAGAGCCAUCAAUGUCGAGUAGGCAUUCCCACUCUACCAGUGAUCUACAUGACCUUGGCAUUCCUGGAGAGAACCUUGCCUCCAGCAGGUUGUCUUCACCAUCCAGUUCACGUGACAAUGUACCGGAGGACAAUCCCCAUACUCUUCAGGUGCCCCGCCUUUCACCAGGCGGUGGUGAACCCGAAACUACUUUAGGGGUGUCUUUGACAGUACCAAGCCGCCCUGCCAGUGUUGUUGCACCCUGGGAUAUGGAGGGUUAGACCUCUUCCCUCCUCUCUGCGUUGGACAUACUCAAUGUCUAGAAUGCCCUUAACAUCGUUUACAUUUCUUCAGUCAAUUUCUAUCUAGGCCAAGGAGCGCGAAAUGGUUCGCGGUCUUUAUUUUAUGGUUCUCAUGUUCAUUUUUUGUGGAGAUAUUUUGCAGUAAUACCUCAAAAUACGAGAGUGUCAUACUUUUUUUCAACAGUGAAAAAAUUGUGAUUGUAUUUAAUAAUUAAAUGUUCAUUCUGUUUUAUCAGUGAAUUUUAUAAUUUUCAUCAUAAGUUGACCAGAAAUUAGCAUUAUUCAUUUAAAUCUUAGAAAUUAUCAUUACUAUAUUUUAUAAUUACUCUUCUUUUCAUUGAGCUGUUGAUUUUUUUUUUAUGUCCAUAUGAAUCUGAAAUUUCAAGGCCAUAUUAAGUUUUAAGUCAUUACAUUAUAAAGACUCUCCGUUGUAAAUGGAUACGUUGAUUAUUAUAUGUUGAUAUUAUUUUUUUUUUACAUUGUGUUGUUGAAAUAUUAUAAUGCAAGUUUUAUGAAAAUAUAGUAACAGAUAUUACUUUUUUCAUCCACAUAUUAAAGACUUGGAUGUAUUAUUUACAUACGGAUAAACAAUCUAACAGUGAGACUUGAUGUUGUAAAAUUUAGAAUGAAUGUGAAAUGCUGCACAAAAAUAGAACUUAACCUAUAGGGCCACACACAUUAAUACAGCAGUUGAACUUAACUCAGUAUUAGAUCUUAAUGCUCAAUUACAUAUUGAGCACUGCAUGAUUAAGAAGUGGAUCUUAUAAAUAAAUAUUAAUUUUAGUUUAAAAUUCUUUUGUUACGAUAUAGAAAAAUUGGUUUUAAAUUUGGAGGUUUGUUCUCUCUCAGGGUAUUGCUAAUUUGAAGAUAAAAAAGCUUUAUUAUGAGGAAAACGAAUUAUUUUCCUUUGUGCUAUUUUUAGUUGUUAAAAUAUCAUUUAUUGGAUUUCAUUUAAAUGUGGUGAAAGUUUGUGGAGUUUUAUUAAAACAUGUCUGAUUUCAUUUAAUUUUUAAAUUGAAAAUAGUAUUAUUUAUACUUUCAUCUAAUUUUCUCAUUUAUAUUGCUGCACUUUUUAUCUCAUAUGUAUGCUUCUAAUAUUGAAAAAGAAAACAGGAAAUAUGUAUUAUUAUUAGUUAAAUUGCAUAACAUAAUUUGGGGUAUAUUAAGUUGUUAUUUUCCUCAGUUUAUUGCUUAUACCAAAAAAAGGUAUGUUUGGAAUGUGUAUUAUUCUAUUAAGAGAAAUUACUAUUAAGAGACUUUGAAUAGAAUGAAUUUCUUAUGUAUUGGUGAUAUAUUCUAAAUAAACAAAAAAAUGGGGAGAGGGUUCAGGUUGAGAAACUGAAAAAUUUCAUGAUGAACAAAUAUAGUAUAAAUCAUGGUGUCCACCUCUGAAUCAUGGGUAGGGAAUUGAGAUAAGAGCUAGAAUUUGAAAAUAGGGGGUUAAAAAAAAAGGUGCAUUUCUUAAGAAUUUGGUUCAGUGGCAUGUUUGUCAUAGCGUACUUUGUGAUUCUAAUAACUGUUGUAGAUUUUAUUAAUUUAUUAUAGUAGAAUGUGAUACAGUGUUGUUAUAUUUAGAAAUUAAAAGGAUACAUAUACUGAUCUCAGAGUGCUGUCAUUUGAACGUGAUACUAGUUCAUAAGUGAGAGCUUUUCUUAAGUACCAUGUCGAAAACAGAUUUUUACAUCAUAUUUAUUGUCAUUUGAUGUAAUAAAUAAUAGAAGAAAACAUGGGAAAUUUUAUUCUUUUUGAUCACUGCUGUUCUAACUUAACAAACUGGUUUUGUAUAUUUUUUGAACAUAUUUUUAUAUUUGCUGCUAUUUUAUUAUUUUAAUAAUGAAAACUUCUCUUACAACAAUUCAUGGUAAUUGUACUAAACUUCCACUCUGACAUUUAACAAGAAAAUCUUUAUACUCUUAUUUUUAAACCUUAUAUCUGCAUUGUACAAGAAUGGACAAAUCUUAUUGCGAUAAAAUGUAAAAGAUAAAUAUGAAAUUCUUGUAAUACCAUGAUAAUUUUUUAUGUAUGAAAUUUUUUUUGAAGGCUAUUGAAUUGCUUUUAAUAUUAACAAUGAAAAAGAAAAUUAUUUUCUUUGCACCUGUUAAAAAAAUAACACUUAUGCUCAAUGUACAAUUUUUUUUUAAUUAAUACUUUCAAAUAGAAUUUUCUGAACAUUUACAGCAAUUUUAGUUACAUACCAUCUAGCACAGAAAAUGAUAACUUUUUGUUUUAUUAUUUUACCAUUUUGCAUGCAUUUUUAUAGAUAGCUAUUAUAUAAAUAAGUUUGUAUGAGAACUUUCCUUGAAAUUAAAAUUAUUGCCAUUUUAAACAUUUCCUUGCAUGCAUAUUGUAUGGCUAAUUUAGUAGCAGUGUCUUCUUUUUCGUAUAGGAUCUAAUAUUUGGAAUUAGGUUAUUUAUAUAGAGACUAUGAAGGUGCUUUAAUUUAAAAAUUCUAACAUUUCAGAGUAUUAAUGCUCUAAGAGGACAUGUGUACUAAGAAAUUGUUGUUGAAGUUUCAAUAAUUAUUAUUUUCUAUCAGAUUGUAUUACUAAGCAUAGAUAUUAUGUAAAUAAGUUAUUCAUGAAAUAUUUAUCUGUGCUCCUCUUGUAAUAAUGAACUAAACAACAGAUCUGAUUAUUAUUAUUAUUUCUGAAAGCGUACUUAAGGAAAGAUUUGAGUACUAUGAAAACUCCUCUUUCUGAUUGUAAGGAGAGAUGUUUGCCAUUGUAAUUGUAAAUAAAAUGCUUUUUGCUGAA